GUCAGAUGAAAAUUUAUUGCUUUAACCCAUGGUAUAUGUCCUCCUCAGGCUCAUGGACUUCACACUCAGACACCUCACAUGGUCAGCCUUGGUGACAGCAUGGUGCCGCCUGAUGAGAGUCCACUGACUCCAUCCGUGACAGGAUGUGGGCGGAGUCUCAGCCUGGUCCAUCCAGGAGUCAAACCAACAGACAGGGCUACUGUGGCUACUGCAGAGUUCUGUACAGCAGUCUGGAACAGCACCUGUCCAGCCUCACACACUUGCAGUCUGUCCAAGCAUCUGCCAGGGGCUCCAGCAGCAUCUCUUCAGCCAGCAGCACCAGACAAACCCUGUUGGAGCGCUUCCUGCAAGAUGUACUGCAGUACCACCCACACUGCUACAGUGACCCCAGGCCGUCGCACGCUGACCUCCCGUUAGUCUCCCUCCCUGUGUUCCCACGGGUGGAAGUGGAUGAAGCCUGCUGGUCUAAUGACGACAGCCCGUCUUUGGUUAGCCGAGAGGAUGUCCACACCUCAGAAGACAGUUUUUGUCAGGUGGCCAAUCAGGAGAAAGAUUACAGCAGCUGCAGAAAAUCAGCACAAAGACUCACUUGGGGAGGAAGUCAUGUGAGGCUCUUUGCAUCAGUUAGAGAACAGGAAGGACAAGCCCCGCCCACACCUGCACCAGCCCUGCCUCCCCAAGCAGAAGUCCCACCCUCUUUACACAAAAAAGCCCACAGGAAGACCAAUCGGAGGAAAGCCAGCGACUCGUCUUCCUCGUGUGGUCGUGGACGGGCGUGGCUGAGCUGGCUGAAGGAGAGGAGGGAGGUCCAGAAGGAGCAGGUCUUCUCCCCAGAGGAAGUGGACUAUCUGGACCAGGCCAUAGACCAGGUGAUACAGAGAUACUGUCAUGGCCGCACUUCCACAACAUGCCAGGAGGAGGAGACAGAAAGCUUCCAGUUCAGCCUGCCAGUUUCCCUGGAAACACAAAGCGAUGACUGGGAUUCACCUGUGCAGAUGGUUUUCCAGAGACCACUACCUGUCCAAGUGGGGAGGGACUGGAACAGUUUGAUGGAUGCUCAGGUGGACCUAGAGGAGCAGGAGUACUCAGACCAGCUGGACUCUGCCCUCUACAGCAGGCAGAAAGUAGGGGGCGGACUUAGGCAGCAGGACGGCUACAGGACUCUGCCCAUAGAAAAAAUACUGCCGACACCUGCACAUAUCCCUGAGUCCUUCAGGGGGAAGACCUGGACUCAGAUCGAAAAGGAGGACGAGGAGAAGGUGGAGAAACUGGUCCAGCAGUUUAGAAGAGGAAGAUUCAUCUGCUACUUUGACAGCGAGUCUCUGUCCAGGUACGGGAGAAGGAGCCAAAAGCUGAAGGGGUGUGGUGAGGAGGAGGUGGAGCCUGAUGCUGGCAUCCUUCCCUUAUUGGAUGAUGAUGAUGAUGAUGAUGAUGAAGCUGACCCUGUGUCCAUCAGGAGGGUGGGGAGGAGGAGGCGGGCCUUCAGAGUGGCGUCCAGGUGUCAGGUGGUCAGGGUGAGUCACGGCACUCAGACUCCACAGCGGGCCCUCCCUGGGAUCUGUCAGUCUGCUUCACAGGCCACGUCCACAAGUGUCCUUCCAGCCAAUCAGGAUCCACUGACUCCCGAGGUGCACAGCGCCCUCACCUGGCAGUGCCUCCCCCCGUCCUACUCCCACAUCAUCACUCCCCUCCAGACUCACACACCUCUCAUCUAUCUCCUCUGUUCCCCCACCAGUCCCGCCUCCAAACUCAUGCCAUCAUCAAGGUCCGCCUCCAAGCGCUGCAGGAAGAAGAAGAGGCCAGUGCAGCAGGAUAUUCAGGGGUUAAAGGUCAAAUACAAACGGCUUCCUUUCAGGUUCUAUGAUCCAAGCACCAACCGGAUCCUGAAGAACGCUCCUAAAGGACUCCUGUGGCGCUGCAGCUCCGCUGUAACGCCGCCACCGCCCUGUGUCCGACAGCUGUUCCGAAGUCUGAGUCCGGACCUGAACGCAGAACAGCCCGCCUCAGGCUCACCCAGGGUCAAAUUUCAAAGGUCAUCUGUCACCACAGUUGAUAAGGACUCGGUGCACGCUGCCAAACAGGAACCGCCCCGGAGGCGGGGCAGGACUUCUGACAUGGCCCCUCCCCCAGUGCACACAACCAGCAGGUUGGGGCGAGGGGGGAGGGAGGGGCCAAGGGAGAGGACAGGCCCGUCGGCGUACAAAAGAGGACGCAGGCAGGCAGGACACAGCAGGAAACUCCCACGCUCCACCUCAGCUCCUCCCACCAAACCCCUCCCACAUGCUACCAGCAGGAAGAGGAGGAGGAGGGGGAGGCGGGGCCGCACCUGCUGUGGAACAGGUCAAAGGUAGCAACAGACAACAAGAUGCCUUCAGCGUCUCUGAGACGAACAAAAAGCUUGUCUGGACAGAUGAGGUCAGAGGUCAGACCCCCUUGCCUUUUCCUGGUUUUUAUAUUUCCAUUUCAUAUGU